AGCUGUUGAGUGCGACGCGGAUCUCAUUAGCGAGCGGAGCCCGUGAGCGAGAGAGAGGAGGAAGGGGAGGAGAGCAGCAGCGAGUGAGACGCAGAAGGUUUUGAGCUGUUGCAGUCGGAGUGUCUGAAUCGAUUGGGCGGCAUUAAUAGUGAGUAUUGGGAAAAAGGUGAUGUCGAGACCGCUCUAUCGUGGGAUUUCUGGAGGCGGAAAAAGCAGCAGCACUGCAGGGCAUGAUCCGUUUGACAUGAGCUUCCAGGGAAAGGAUCUGGGAGAGAAUGGAUUUAACCAUGAACCCCUGAGCACCUCUGGAGCAAAUCGAAGCCGGCAAAGCCUCAUUUUUACUUUUCUUAAGCUGAGUCUAUUUUUCUUAGUAGUACUUUCCCUCUCUGGAUCCUUCUAUUGGGCCAUCUCCAUCUCCACCACCCCCCGGAGUAAUAUCUAUCACCACUACCGGCGACUACAAGAACAGGUUGUCGCUGAUCUCACACAGAUCGGGGAGCUAUCCCUCGGGAUUGCACGAUUGAAAGAACUAGAAUUUUGCCCAGCUGAGUAUGAGAGUUAUGUGCCUUGUUAUAACAAUGUCUCAGAGAACCUAGAUUCUGUAGAUCCAGUGAUACCAAUUGAGUAUGAGAGAAAAUGUUUACAUGACACCAUGCUGAGUUGUUUAGUUCUAUCUCCAAGGAAUUAUAGAAUUCCACUAAGGUGGCCAAGUGGGAGGGAUUUGAUCUGGAAGGAUAAUGUCAGGAUCACUGGACAAGAGUUCUCCUCUGGCAGCUUGACAAAAAGGAUGAUGGUGGAGGAAGAACAAAUCUCAUUCCGAUCUGGCUCCAUCAUGGUUGAUGGUGUAGAAGAUUAUACCCACCAAAUAGCCGAGAUGAUUGGGUUGCAAGAAUCUAAUUUCAUCGAGGCUGGGAUAAGAACUGUCUUAGACAUUGGAUGUGGUUUUGGUAGCUUUGGAGCACAUCUCUUCUCCAAACAACUCUUGACUAUGUGCAUUGCAAAUUAUGAGACAUCAGGUAGUCAAGUCCAACUCACACUUGAGAGAGGCAUUCCUGCAUUGAUUGGUUCCUUUUCAACACAACAAUUGCCGUUCCCUUACCUUUCCUUUGAUAUGUUGCACUGUGCAAGAUGUGAUGUUGAGUGGGAUAAAAAUGAUGGUCUCUUCUUAGUUGAAGUUGAUAGACUUUUGAGACCUGGGGGCUAUUUUGUCUGGACUUCCCAAAUGAAUACUCAUAGAUCCCUGCGUGAUAAAGAAAAUCAAAAGAAGUGGUCAAUAAUUCGUGACUUUGCCGAAAAUCUUUGCUGGGAUAUGUUGUCACAACAAGAUGAAACAAUUGUCUGGAAGAAGACUAGCAGAAAGAAAUGUUACAGUUCCCGAAAGGCUGGACCUGCAGUUUGUGGCAGGAGCCAUGAUGUUGAAUCUCCAUAUUAUCAACCACUAAAUCCAUGCAUUGCAGGGAUGAGAAGUCAGCGAUGGAUUCCCAUUGAGUAUCGUACUCCUUGGCCUUCUCGAGCAAGAUUGAACUCAACUGAACUUGAUCUAUAUGGUUUACAUCCAGAGGACUUAACCGAGGAUGCUGCAAAUUGGAAUUCAGUGAUUCAUAAUUAUUGGUCACUUCUGUCACCUCUGAUAUUCUCAGAUCAUCCAAAGAGACCUGGCGAUGAGGAACCCUCCCCGCCUUUUAACAUGCUUAGAAAUGUUCUUGACAUGAGUGCUCAUUUUGGAGGUUUUAACGCUGCUUUGUUGGAUGCUGGGAAAUCUGUAUGGGUGAUGAACGUUGUGCCUACAAAUGGCCCUAAUUAUCUUCCUCUGAUUUUCGACAGGGGUUUUAUUGGCGUUCAACAUGACUGGUGUGAAGCCUUCCCAACAUAUCCAAGAACUUAUGAUAUGGUGCAUGCUGAAGGAUUGCUAUCACUUGAAGCUCGCCAAAUGCAUAGGUGUUCCACAUUUGAUAUACUCUUAGAGAUUGAUCGCAUUCUACGACCUGAGGGUUGGGUGAUAAUUCGCGAUACAACUCUUCUUGUUGAAACUGCAAGAUCAUUGACCACGCAACUGAGAUGGGAUGCUCGCUUGAUGGAGCUCGACGGUAGCAGCGAUGAGAAGCUCCUUGUCUGUCAGAAACCCUUCUUCAGGAAACAGCAGUAACUCAUACAAUUACAGCAGUUCUCCAUAGGAUAAAUUAUUUGUUAUUAUUCGUGAUGGCGGUGUUCCAUAAGUUCGGAUGAUGAAAAAAAUCAAAUCACAAGCAAAAAAUUACAGCAUUCUCCAAGAUUUUGAAGAAGAUAUGCUCCUGUGGAGCCGCAAGGUUUGCACGGGUUAUGUAAUUACACAAUAAAUCUACAUCUAAGAGCAUAGAAGCCAUGAUAGUUCACUGCAUUCUGCUCGGCAUUGCGAAAUUUAUUCUGUUUUCGCUCAUUAUAUACUUGUUUCUAUUCACCUGCAAAUGCUGUUUCUACUCUUAUUAUCUCAUUUGUAAGACCAGUCAUAUAAAUCAUAUUCAGCCCGAAUUCUGCGAGGUUGCUUCUUGGAAGACACAAGGGAGGAAAAUAAAGUAACGCAAUUACUCAGCCACUAUUUCAAUAUUGAUAGUGGCAUUGGAAUCUCUUGCUUGUUUUGCACUUGCCAUUUCUUUGGUCUGAAAUUAAUGGUUUGAUCGGGAAGAUCUUGAGAUGUAUUGGAACAUUAUAUUUUUCUAUUUAAUAGUUAGAUAAUGUGUUCUUUUAUUUAUGA